ACUGCAGAUAUCGUACACCUCCCGUGAGCUCGCUGCCUCUCUCGCAUCCAUUUGUCAGAGGGCCUCAGUCUCGCGCUAUUUAUGAAGGGCUCUCCCUGUGGGUGUCACACAGAUCUGAUGCUGCAGCUGCUGCUUCCUGUAUUGAAGCACCAUCAACCAGAGCCAAAGCCCUUUUUCGCUUGAGAGCCCCACACCUCGGACUGAAAGACGGAGGGAUUUGUUGCUUGGACGCUGCCAGUCGAGUCGGCCUCCCGGUGUAGCUGCCGGUACACCCGUGGCGGCUCGCUGUCUUGUGAAAGCUGAGAAGAGGGGCUGCACAUUAGGGCAGAAAGACGCAGGGCACGAUUUUUCCAGGGGCUGGUGCUAGCUCGAAGCAGCUAGUAGGCUAGUGGCUAGUAGCAGCAGGUAGAUAACCCAGAAGAAGCAGAAAAAUAGAAAUGUUUUCACUCCAAAAGCGAUAGAUGCACCGGAAAACGACCUGACUUUUAACGAGCACCUCGGCAUGAUACGAAUUACCGAAAUAGCAGACUGACAUGCUACCGAAAGUAUAGUAACUUUGCUAACGUUAGCUAGCCAAGUUGUUAGCCAUCUAGAGCUGAUCCUGUUGCUUUUUCACACUUGGGUUUCGAACAAGGAAACGGCCAGAUUAGCAGCUUCCCAGCUCACUGCAGGUUAGUGCGAUAUUUGAGAAAGUCGUUUAGGGUACUUCUUGAAAUGGCUCCCAAAAGAAGACCCGUUCCCCUGAACAUAACGCCCAUUGGGGAAGGACAGGCCACCUCCAACACCAUUGAUGCUGCAUCUGAAGCCAACCUUGAAGCCUUACAAAAGAAACUGGGUGAACUUGACCUGGACGAACAACAGAGGAAACGACUGGAAGCCUUUCUCACCCAGAAAGCCCAGGUUGGGGAACUGAAGGAUGAGGAUUUUGACCCCAUAUGUGAGUUGGGUGCUGGAAAUGGAGGAGUGGUCAACAAGGUCCGCCACAAACCCUCGGGUUUGGUUAUGGCCCGGAAGUUGAUCCACCUGGAAAUCAAGCCUGCCAUCAGAAACCAGAUUAUCAGAGAGCUGCAGGUGCUGCAUGAAUGCAACUCCCCCUACAUUGUGGGCUUCUAUGGGGCCUUUUACAGUGAUGGGGAGAUCAGCAUCUGUAUGGAGCACAUGGAUGGGGGAUCCUUGGACCAGGUCCUGAAGGAAGCCAGGAGAAUCCCAGAAGAAAUCCUGGGGAAAGUUAGCAUAGCUGUACUGAGAGGAUUAGCAUACCUGCGGGAGAAGCACCAGAUCAUGCAUAGAGAUGUCAAGCCCUCCAACAUCCUGGUCAACUCUCGCGGAGAAAUCAAGCUGUGCGACUUUGGUGUGAGCGGCCAGCUCAUAGAUUCCAUGGCCAACUCCUUUGUUGGAACGCGCUCCUACAUGUCGCCGGAGAGACUGCAGGGCACUCACUACUCUGUUCAGUCUGACGUGUGGAGCAUGGGUCUGUCCCUGGUGGAGCUGGCGAUUGGCCGCUACCCCAUCCCUCCGCCAGAAGCCAAAGAGCUGGAGGCCAUCUUCGGACGAGCCGUUAUGGACGGGGCCGAGGGAGAGCCACACACCAACACGCAGAGGCCUAGACCACCCGGCAGGCCCGUGAGCGGACAUGGGAUGGACAGUAGACCUGCCAUGGCCAUCUUUGAACUCUUGGACUACAUUGUGAAUGAGCCACCGCCUAAACUGCCGCUUGGGGUCUUCACCAAUGAUUUCCAGGACUUUGUGACAAAAUGUUUGAUCAAAAACCCAGCUGAGAGAGCAGAUCUGAAGAUGCUGAUGAGUCACACAUUCAUCAAGCGAUCAGAAGUGGAGGAAGUGGACUUUGCCGGCUGGUUGUGCAAAACCAUGGGCCUCAACCAGCCCAGUACUCCCACCCGCAGCACUGAGUGAACAGGCCCCCACUGCCCUGACCACACCUCUGGGUCUUGCUUACAUACACAUAAAUAUACUACACAUACAGCCAUCACACACAUUGGCACUUUUUUUCAUCUUGCUCUUGGGUAAAAAAAAAAACAAAAAAAAAAAACUGUUUUGCCCCCCCCCAUUAAUUUCUUCACCAGCAGCAGGGCCCGUUGAGUCAUUGUACUGUAAGACCACAGCUUAACCAUGCCAGUGUCAAGAGUAGCCACAGCUCAUGUUUCCACAUUGCUGCAGAGGAUGUAAAGCACUGAAGGGGCUGCCAGUGUGUCAGCUGAAUUUGCAUUGACUGACAAACUUCUUUUUUGUAUUGUUAAAUAUUCUGUAUUAAUCUUUUGUAUGGCAACAGUUGAUGGCUUGUGGGAUUGUAUUUUAAUAAAUGACUAGUGAUUUCCAAACAGACAGAAAUCCAAACAGAUUAUCUAGAUGCAAUUGGUUUUAUUGAAGGUGAAUGCAGCUCUUUUGAUUUAAUGUCCCUUUGUCAAAUGUAUUUAUGCUAAAAUGUUCUCUGCAGAGACCUUGCAAUUAUUUCCAAUAUAAUAAUCAAAUUUGUGAGUAGAGUGCGUGAGACAAAUGGGCGUCUAUGGAGUCAUUUUCACGUUUUGGUAAAUGAGCGAUCUCUCUAAAGAUCAUUUUUGUGAACAUCACAAACCAAAGAGGGUACUCAAGACUAGUGUUUGUUUUUUUUUUUUUUUUGGUUUGUUUGUUUUUUUAUGCCUGGUCAGUUUGUGUAUGCACAUUCACGAACAGUAUAUCAAAAUACCUUGAAUGUUUUGGGUUUUUUUUCAUUUAGUGAUCUACACUCUUGAUUGUGUUGACAUUGUUUCCUCAACAUGCAUUUCAUUUUACAUCCCACACUGUGUCUCUCACAUGUGAGGAGGCAUAUGCUGUGGAGGCCUGAUAUAUGCCAGAAUAUUGACAUUGAGAAAACAAUGAUCAAACUGUGUUUGUGGGAUGAUAUAGCAUGGUUUAUUAUCUUUCUAAUACUGUAUGUGUAUUUUAUUUCCCAAGAUCAUGAUGGGGAUGAUUAGCUGGUGGUGUUGUGUUUUUUUUAAUUUUAUUUUUUUAAUCAAAAGCCUGAAUCUCUGCAAUGUCCCAUAUGAAGUUUCAAUCAUGUUGACUAACUUUUUCUCUUUUUUUUUUUUUCUUUUUUUUUUUGUUGUUGUUGGUCUGUACUUUUCACCUGAAGUGUAUUUGGUUUGUUUUCACUGUACUGCUACGUGUGGCGCUCCAAGCUUUCUCUUGGGACACAACCAGCCUAGUGGCAUGCUUUUGGAAAAGACUUGGGUACAAAUACAAUUGAAAACACUUCCCCUGCGAUUUAACUUAAUUAAUUGUGGUGAAAGUACAAACCCAGGUCAGUGUUGGUCACAUGAUGGUGGUGGUGUUACUUGCUAGCCUGCCGUCUUGCUAGAGCUCUUGUAUUCUCUCUGCUUAUGGCUGCCCUUUCUUAUCUCCCCGCCCCCCAAAAUGUGCG